CAAUCGAUUCCUAGAACGGGACAAUCGAUAGCGCCCUGUCAUACCUGGAGUUUGUAGAAUCAGCAAUGGCGAGAAAUUUACCUCCAAUUUCACUAUGCCUCUGUCUUAUUUCAUUCUGCAUUCUUCUGUCAAGAGGUGCCAAUGAGUAUAAAUUAGGUUCAACCAAUGAGAGGUCCUGCGACCACGGAGAAACGACGGUAAAAGGCAGCUGUGUCUGCUCACCGUGCUGGACCGGCCAAAAUUGCGAUGUUCCACGAAAUCGAUAUCCGCCUAAAUUCAGUCAGGACGUGUAUCGUGUCUCAGUCACGGGCCUCGCCAGUUUCCUCGCUUUCUUUGUCCCAGAAGUUACCGAUGAAGACCAGGAAAAAAUAUGCAAAGACGCGGAAGAAUGUCCUUGUGGAGAGGUUAAAUUUUCAAUACUCACUGGGAAUGAAGAUGGCCUGUUUACUAUAGAUCCUCAAACCGGUGCCCUAUCGAUUAGUCAAGGAGCUGUUCCACAGAAAAAUCAAUAUGAAAUCACAGUCAAAGCUGCAAAUCAAUUGAACAGCAACAGCAUCAAUCAACAAGGAUCCACAGCUUUCGUCAUUGUGAAUUUUCCUGAAUUCCAAAAUCAAGUCGAAAGCCAUCAUCACAUAGAGAAAAGGGCUGCUUCGAGUGUAGUUGGCAAUGUGACAUUUGAUCUAACCAAGAAAUAUCCGUAUAACGAGACAACUGAAAUGAAGGUGGGGAGUCGCGUGAGGUUCCAACUGACUAUCACGUUCCCUGUAGAUGACACAGACAUGUUAGUGGAACUCUUCACGCCAGACAACGAGACCACUGUUAUGAUCCUAUGCGACGUUAAUGUCACAUACAUCGGAAGCAGUCUUAGUUUCAAUGGAAGCAAGGUUCCAACUAUGGACGCACGGGAACCAGGAUCUAUAAUGUACGACAGAGCUAUUAUCAAUUUUGGAGUGGUUCAAAAUUCGGGUUGCAAUACUGCAGACGAAUGUAGCAUUCACAUUGAAUAUGAGGCCAUUCUUCUGGAAAAUCCCUCCACUAAUGCAGGGGAGGUUUACUGGGUUAGCGCAGGUGCAGAAUACAAUAAUGAGAACGAGGUUUGGGUUGGACAAGCAUCCUUUACGGCCUUUCCCAAUGACACACUGGUUUCAGAGAAUCCCACCGUCAAUUUCACUGGUCCAGACACUCUAUCGGUGGGAUCAGCUGGCGUUUUUCAGGUUGACCUGUAUCUUCCUAAUCCAUCCACUGCUCUCACAUUUGACAUGUUCGCGCCUAUCAACACAUCUUCGGUCAUGUCCAUAUGCAGCGCUAAACUGAAAUACAUCUCGGACAACUUCAAAUGUGGCUUUGAUGAAACAGCUGUUUCAGUACAGUACUAUCCUGAUAACACAGGCAUUGGGAAUUAUAUGGGUCAUCUAUCUUUGGGAACUUUGACAAACAAAGGAUCCCGAGAUCCGACGAAUCUCAUGGAAAACAACCUCAUAUCAAUAGAAUUUGUGGCUCACAUGUACAACGACCCCACUUUUGUUGGCACAAAUUACAUGGUUGGAGCAGCUUUUGAAAUCGGAAGUGCUCAAAUAUGGGCCGGACAAAUGCAAGUAACAGCAAUUACGGAGGUGGAUCCAACAGGCAUGGCAAUUCCACUUCUGGAGUUUAAUCCCCCCAGUGGACAGACAGUUGCUAUGGGGGAUGCCGUUACACUAGUGCUCGAGGCGCAAAUUCCAGUAUCAACAACAACAUCAUACAGUCUAGAAGUCAAAGCACCAUUUUCUGCGACUGCCAUCUUUAAGGUUUGCUCAGUAGAAAUCCAAUCUAUCGGUGAAAACAUGCCUUGUAUUCAUAAAGAAGAUAAGAAGACUGUGUACUCUUCACGUGAGAGUGGUGCGUCUGAACCUGAUACAGGCACCAUGAAUUUGGGAGGUGUUACAAAUCUCAAUAUCAACACUACUGCUGAGGCCAGCAUAAUCACGUUUGAGAUUGUUGUAGCACCAUUAAACCACACAAAUGCUGUUGACCUGUCGUCUCACACAGUAGAGGUUACAUUGACGUACGCAGGGUCGCUAACCGUUGUCCAAACAACAUCCAUACAGAUCUCUGGCACAUCAGUCCUCACUACGAGCGUGUCCAACAUUACUUCUCCAUCCUUUGACAUGAAAUACCUGUUUGGAACUGAAUAUGUCGAAGUCGGUACAGCGACUCGCGCUCAGUUAGAAAUAACCACCAACAGGAGUGUGUCGUACCCCAUGAUGAACAUGGAAUUUAUCAUGCCACUUGGAAACACGUCAACCAAACUGUCCAUUUGCAGAGCGCGUAUGUUAUCUGCUGGUAGAAACCUUCCCUGCGUUGCACCAGAUUGGAUCAACUCUCAAGUUACCUACCGAUCACAAUACAAUGAAACAAUCAACGACCAAGCUCUCAUGUAUCUGAGUACAGUCUGUAAUUACGAGCGGGUAGAUAACGUCACAGAUGACAUCAUCACCAUUGUUCUCGACGUCAAAGUCGAAGACAACCCAGAAUGGGUUACUGGAGUCAAGGAGUGGAUCAGUGCAGGAAAUCAAUACUCGGACGCCAAGAUAUGGGUCGGACAGUUGGCGCUGUAUGCCACGAGAACUGGUACAAUUAUUCCGGCAAAUACUCCUUACAUUAGCCUAAUCAGAAAUACAACGUUAAGUAGCGUACCGAUAGGAUAUCCAUCUGUGUACACAGCCUUAAUAAAAAUAGCUCCACAAGAAAGCGCUAAAGUUGCAGUGUAUGUAUCAUUGGGGAGCUCUGAAUUAAGUAUAUGUGGCAUCCGAAUAAAAGACGUCGGAGACAAUCUCCCCUGUGUGGAUAAAAACGUCACUACGUCAUUCAGUGGUACUUCAGGCUUGAUCGACAUCGGCAUCGUUACAAACACAGGUUCUGAUGCCUUGGUAUCUAAUGCUUUCUACGACAGCAACAGUAUUAUGGUUGAGUUAUUAAUCCAGCUGGCAGAUGAUACAGCAUUAGUUACAAAUGGUGGGAGUUACACAUUCGACGUUAAUGUAGAAUACGGAAGUGACGGAAGGAAAAAAAGUUUUCCCAUGCAGACUAUUGAGGCUACCCAUGACAAAACAGUGGUCAAUUUUACUUCGGUUAACAACAGGACGACGAACACAUUUUACACAACAGACAUUGGCAGCAAUAUUACUAACCUAACUAUUGCGAAAGGAGAAUCAAAGCGAUUUUUCCUGGAAAUGGUCUUCCCAGAGGGAGAGAUUCAAGACGUGACGGUUAGGUUUAUGACUUCAAUUACUGGGGCACAUCUGAACAUGAUGGAGUUGUGUAGUUCAGGACUGACCUAUGUUGGUGAAAACUUCCCAUGUCUUGAUAAAAAGACUGUGAAUCCUGUUUAUUCGAAAAGGGCUGCGUCGAAGGUUAAAGAUACGACGACUAUGAAGCUAGGCUUUGUCUGUUCCUCUGGGGUUAAAAACGGAGAGUCUGAGGCUAACAAGCUGCGUUUGGAGGCCGUGGCUCGAUUACUGCCUUCUUCAACACUGCCUGUUGGAAGUACCAUACCAUUCCACGUGGCUGUCAAUACUAACAACGUGGAGAUAUAUGUGGGACAGAUAGAGCUGACAGUGUCCAAUCCAUCGCCCAUUACAAACACGGCAACGAAUAUUGUGAACACAUCUCUGUUGUACAUCAACUCCAGCAGUGACCCCGUGCCCCUCAAUGUUGGUAUUGUCACUACACUCCCCGUGGUCCUGUACGUGCCACCAGACACGAUGUCCAAUGUCCUUUUUGACAUAGAACUUCCGGUCUACACAUUCCCGAUAGGAUCCAUAGAGGAUAUCAGAAUUUCUUCCAGUGGAAACAAUGUCGGUUGUGUUUAUGAAGAUGACGUCUUAUCAUUAAAAUAUGAACGGAAAUACAAUAGUACAACGAAUACGUGUUUGCUAAAUAGUGGACAAUUGGAUAUGGGGAUCGUUACAAACACAGAUCUGACACAUAGAGUAGGGACGAAUACAGAUAUUGAUGACGUCAUUCAAAUAGAAGUAGAUAUCCGAAUUAACGAUAAUAUUCCGGACUCACUUGGUUCUGAGUUUCCACUAAGUCUGGGUGCGAAGGUAGCAGACUACAUCAUUAUAUAUGAGAAAAAUAUAUCUUUAACAAGAAAAGGAAAUGAAAAUCCUAUUCUGGAAAUAACAGCAUCCUACAAUUCAACUCUAUCUACGCCGUCAAUAAUAGUAAUGGACGUCAUUUUGAAACAUACUAAUUUGACGUCUGCGACUGCGAUAAAUGCAACUGCAUUUUUCUACAUGCCACCAUAUCUGGAGUAUAAGAACUUCCAAAGCAAUGUCACGCACAGCGGCCUGUUGGUUACAGAGGGAGCUGUGGAAAUAAAGUUUGACGUACUGAUAAUGUGUGAGGUUAUCAACAUGCAGCUGACUUUGGAACCGAACCAAACGAUGACCGUACCUCUUGAUAUAUCGACAGAGAACACAUUGAUCGCAUACGAAGCAAACACUCACAUGAUCCAUACACCGUCAAGCGUCUACACCAGUGACAAGUAUUUCGAUACGCCCCUUCAGUAUUUAAACUUUAGUGCUACUGUCACCAAAGCCGGGGUUUGUGAUGAACCUCUUGGUAUGGCGAGUGGACACAUUGAUGACUGCCAGUUGGAUGGCUCCAUUGAGAAUGACCCCGCCCGGCCCCCCUCACACGGCAGAUACAAUGGCAACUCGGCAUGGAGACCAUUCUCCAGAGGUCCAACUUUUUCCAAAUAUCGUUACUUCCAAGUAUUCUUUGGAAACAAAACUUUGGUGAACAAAGUCGUCAUUCAGAAGGGCACAGGGUACACGCACCACCCCACUCAGAUGUCUUUCAAGUACAGCAAUGAUGGUUAUUCCUGGCAAUCUGCAGAAACGGUGACAGUGGUGACACCGUUCACGGAAACAACAAUAUACCCACAGAAGCAGACGCAGGCUCGCUACAUCCGGGUUUACAUAGAUAAGGACGACACAGUGAAUGGAGUACCCCCUGAUCUAGGACUGAAGUUCGAGUUCUAUGGAUGUUACCUCAGUGGCGACUACACCACCACUAACAUAUGUAAUGCUGCACCCAGUAAUAUAUAUCCAAACGAUUUUUACUUCCGGAGUUUUCAUGCACUGAGUGGGAAGGUCUUUAUGUGUGAUAUAAACCCAAAUGACAGGGAUUUAAAACAACACUGUCAUUACUCAGUAGACGGGAAUAUGUGGACAGCCAUGGACAAGCGGGUGGCCAGCCUCCUAGGACAUGAAACCACUGGUAAUCUCUUAUUUGCGUAUGGUAACGACCAAAGAUCCACGUUGAUGAGUCAGGACGAAGGUGUCACGUGGGAUAAUGUACCACGUGAUUACUACAUAGACACAAGGUCAAAAUUGACCUUCACUUCGUCUAAGAAUGUCCCUAUGCAGGUGACCAACCUUGCUGUGGCGGAGCCCCACGCCAGCUAUCAGUUUGGGAGCUGGGGAGUCACUUUUGAUGGCUUGUGGAAAAGUACAACUGGUAUAUGGAAUAAAGUGGUGGAAUGGGAUGUUUGCUGCUAACAGUGAUGGGAAUACGAUAUAAGAAUGUACAUAUACAAUGAAGAUGUAAACUUUUGAGACUACAUAAAGUAAUUCUUUCAGUUACGUUGUACAUGUAUAUAUUUGCAUCACAAACAAGGAAAUCAUAUCUAUUUUUCCAAAACCAAAAUCAUAUUCUACACGUUUUCUGGAAAUCGCUGCAUGUAGAGGAAACUCGUCAUUUCUCAGAGGCCAAAUGUUGGAUCUGGGUUAUUUUGCAUGUCAAAAAUGACCACCCAUCUGCACGCUGAUCAAAGAACGCAAAAAUAAUGAAAACUAAAUGUUACAGCAGUGCAAGGGCCCGUUUUACAAACUUACGACAAAGUAUUACACAGUUGUUACUUUAAAUGAAUGAAGAAAAACUUUUCUGAGGCUUAAUUUUCCACAUUUUAAAAAAAAUAUUUUGCAUUUAGAGCGAAUUAUCUUACAAGAAACUGGAAAAUUCCAGUAUGUAAAGUUGGUCGCAAGUCGUAAGUUCUUUUGUAAAACGCAUCCCUGAUUAUAAGUGAUAUUGAUUGUAUUGACUCAACGAAAGAUGAUUUCAUCGUCAAGCAUUAUGCUGCAGUGGGAACCAAUAAUUCUGUGGUAUUGAUAUCAAGACGACCAUGUAACCAUAUUCAACAAGGACUUCAAAUUGUCCGCUUUUGUAAUUAAAGAUAACUGUUUAUAUUUUACUAUGAUAUAUAUCAUGUUAAUGCCUAUAGAAAAUAUUAAAUGUUUAAAGUUCA